AUGCAAUGGGAUCCCCAUCCAGCUACUCACCGACCAGACACAUGGAACCCCGCGUUGCAACUCUAUCUUCGUUCGUGCCGUAAAUCGGAGUCAGCGGAUCGAUUUUUCUUUCCGUAUCGACCAUCGGCGCCAUCAUAUGAUUCUUCAUUCCAGCCAUUUUCUCCGGACCUAUUUAUCUUGCUUGUAACGUUCUUGCGUUCUUUUUUCUUUUCUUCCGGUUUUCAUUCUUUCUCUUGUUUUAUUUUCUUUUUUUUUCCUUCCUCGUUCCCAUUUUACCUUUUUCUUCUGCUUUCAUCUAACAUUUUUAAUUACUUUUUGUUUAUAUUUCUUUCUUUCUUUCUUUCUUUCUUUCUUUCUUUCUUUCUUUCUUUCUUUCUUUCUUUCUCCCUUCUGUUCUUAAUUCCUUUCUUUCUUUCUUUCUUUCUUUCUUUCUUUCAAGAUUUAUUUUUCACAUUCUUUCAAGAUUUAUUCCCACAUCAGCAUUUUUCUUUCCUUCUUUCUUUGCUUCUUUGUUUAUUUAUUUCUUUCUUUCAUUCAAGAUUUAUUUCCCCACCAGCCUUAGUUUCUUUCCUUCUUACUUUCUUUUUUCUUUCUUAUAGUUUUCACUUUCUUUCAAGAUUUAUUCCCUCAUCAUCAUCUUUCUUUCUUUCUUUCUUUCUUUCUUUCUUUCUUUCUUUUUCUUUCUUUCUUUCUUUCUUUCUUUCUUAUCCCUUUCCGUUGUCUCUUUCCAUCUUUCAUUUCGAUUAA